GAGAGAGAGAGAGGGAGGGAGGGAGAACGCCGAGUGGAGAGGAGACGCUCUCAGAUCAGUCAGUGGCUUCAUGGAGUUAUGUACCUCUGAUCCGCCGCCAUGGAUUGCCAUCCGCGAUCACUCCUUCCCAUUUUACCUCUUUUGUUGUCCUGCGUUGUUCCCGCGUUUACCGUCAUCUACCCCCCGAAUGAAGUCAACCUCUUAGACUCUAAAGCAAGCCAAGGGGAGUUAGGAUGGAUUUCCUACCCGUCGCAUGGGUGGGAGGAGAUCAGUGGGGUGGAUGAGCACUACACUCCCAUCAGGACCUUCCAGGUCUGCAACGUGAUGGAAUACAGCCAGAACAACUGGCUGCGCACCAACUGGAUCUCCCGCCAGUCGGCCCAGAAGAUCUACGUGGAGCUGAAGUUCACCCUGAGGGACUGCAACUCCAUCCCGCUGGUCUUGGGCACCUGCAAGGAGACCUUCAACCUCCUCUACCAGGAGACGGACGACGACCAGGGGAGCCACUUCCGAGAGCACCAGUUCACCAAGAUCGACACCAUCGCCGCCGACGAGAGCUUCACCCAGAUGGACCUCGGGGACCGCAUCCUCAAGCUCAACACCGAGGUGCGGGAGGUGGGUCCCAUGACCAAGAAGGGCUUCUAUCUGGCGUUCCAGGACGUGGGCGCCUGCGUGGCUUUAGUCUCGGUGAGGGUGUACUUCAAGAAGUGCCCCCGCACCGUGAGGAAUCUGGCCUCUUUCCCCGACACGGUGCCCAUGGACUCCCAGUCGCUGGUGGAGGUCAAAGGCUCGUGCGUCAAUCACUCCAAAGAGGAGGAGGCCCCGCGAAUGUACUGCAGCACGGAGGGGGAGUGGCUCGUACCCAUCGGGAAGUGUCUGUGUAACCCGGGGUACGAGGAGAGAAGCAACACCUGCCAAAUGUGCAGGGCCGGUUUCUACAAAUCCACUCUCGGAAAUACGGAGUGUGCAAAGUGCCCGCCGCAUAGUUUCUCACACCACGAGGGGUCGCUGCACUGCGGCUGUGAGAAAAACUACUUCCGUGCCGAUGGGGACCCUGCGUCCAUGGCCUGUACCCGACCCCCUUCAGCUCCUCGAAAUGUGAUCUCGUCCAUUAACGAGACCUCCGUCAUCCUGGACUGGAGCUGGCCGGAAGACGCCGGCGGGCGCAGGGACAUCACCUUCACUGUCCUCUGCAAGCGCUGCCGCGGGGGCGCCGCCAACGGCAGUAACGGCGGCCUGCGUUGCGAGCCCUGCCGGAGUAACGUUCACUUCCUGCCGAGAGCCUCGGGCCUCCAAAACACCACGGUGACGGUGGGGGACCUGCUGGCCCACACUAACUACACCUUUGAGAUCGAAGCUCUGAACGGCGUGUCGCCGCUGGCACCCAAGAUGAGGCAGUACGCCGCAGUCACCAUCACCACCAACCAAGCUGCUCCCUCCCCGGUAACAGUGAUCAGAAAGGAAAAGACGUCUCGGAACAGUGUCUCCCUGUCUUGGCAGCAGCCAGAAAGACCCAACGGCAUCAUCCUCGACUACGAGAUCAAAUACUACGAAAAGGAGGAGCAGGAGACCAGCUACACGAUCCUCCGUGCUCGGGGUUGUAAUGUGACUCUGAACGGUCUGAAGCCCAACACCGCCUACCUGCUGCAGAUCAGAGCGCGCACAGCUGCCGGAUACGGAGCCAGCAGCCCCAGUUUCCAGUUUGAGACCAGCCCCGACUCCGCGUUCUCCAUCUCCAGUGAGAGCAGCCAGGUCGUUCUGAUCGCCAUUUCCUCCGCCGUGGCCAUCAUCCUCCUCACUGUGCUGCUCUACGUCCUGAUUGGCAGGUUCUGUUGCCACAGCAAAUCCAAACAUCCUGAUGAGAAAAGGCUGCACUUUGGCAACGGCCACUUGCGUCUGCCGGGUAUCAGGACCUACGUGGACCCCCACACGUAUGAGGACCCGAGCCAGGCCGUGCACGAGUUUGCGAAGGAGCUGGACGCCUCCUGCAUCGCCAUCGACAAAGUGGUUGGAGCAGGCGAGUUCGGCGAGGUGUGCAGUGGUCGCCUGAAGCUUCCGAGCAAGAAGGAGAUCUGUGUGGCCAUCAAGACUCUUAAAGGGGGAUUCACGGAUAAGCAGAGGCGGGACUUUCUCGCCGAGGCGUCAAUCAUGGGACAGUUUGACCACCCCAACAUCAUCAGGCUGGAGGGGGUGGUAACACGCAGUAAACCCGUCAUGAUCGUCACAGAAUACAUGGAGAAUGGAUCCCUGGACAGUUUCUUGAGAAAACACGACGCCCAGUUCACCGGCAUCCAGCUGGUCGGCAUGCUGCGCGGCAUCGCCUCGGGCAUGAAGUAUCUGUCCGACAUGGGCUACGUCCACCGAGACCUGGCGGCCCGCAACAUCCUGGUCAACAGCAACCUGGUGUGCAAAGUGUCCGACUUCGGCCUGUCCCGGGUGCUGGAGGACGACCCGGAGGCCGCCUACACCACCAGGGGAGGGAAGAUCCCAAUCCGGUGGACGGCCCCAGAGGCCAUCGCCUACAGGAAGUUCACAUCGGCCAGUGACGCUUGGAGUUACGGCAUUGUGCUCUGGGAGGUGAUGUCAUAUGGGGAACGGCCGUACUGGGAGAUGUCCAACCAGGAUGUAAUAAAGGCUGUAGAUGAAGGAUACCGCCUCCCCCCACCCAUGGACUGCCCAGCUACCCUUUACCAGCUGAUGUUGGACUGCUGGCAGAAAGAGAGGAAUAACCGGCCUAAAUUUGAACAGAUUGUCAGCAUCCUGGAUAAACUGAUUCGCAACCCUGGUAGCCUCAAAAUCACGGCCAACACCACAUCCAGGCCGGCCAACUUGUUGUUGGACAGGAGCAGUUCCGAGGUUCCCGCGAUGGGGACGCUGGGCGACUGGAUGGACGGAAUGAGGACCUUGCCCUGCAAAGAGGCCUUCUCUGGGGUCAGCUACAGCUCCUGUGACACCCUAGCCAAGACCUCCACUGAUAGAGUGGUUCUGACGGAGGUCCACGUCACACCGGCCACAUGUCCAGAAUGGGAGCCGUCCAUGGGAAUCACCACUCUCUAACAGCCGGCUCCUCUCGGCCUCCUCCGGCUCUGGAUGGGAUCUAAAAAAGGUGGGAGUGACUAUCGUUGGACCGCAGAAGAAGAUUGUGAGCAGCCUCAAAGCCCUAGAUUCCCACACCAAGAAUGGCCCAGUACCUGUAUAAGAAACGAUCCUAACAACGAGCAAAAACACCAGAGAGCCCGUCUGUGGGGCAGAGCGGCUUCAUGCGUGAACUGGAGACGGAUGGAAAUGGAGGAUGAAUGCGACUCAAAAGGGGUUUCCGCUGUUUUGUUGAAAGACAAUAUGAAAGUCUCUUGACGGAGUAACGGCAAAGACCGUCCCUCCAUAACCAAGUCGAGAUGCCUUACAGACAAUUGGGAGGGUUUAAUGAGCCAACAAAGGCCUAGGGCGACCUGCCCGGGGGGGGACGACACAAACUGGGACUGCACCUGGAUGAAGCCAGAGCUGUCCAGUAUUGUCCAGGCCGGACAUGGUAGCCUUCACCUCUACAGCUGAAAAAAGGGGACGGGGCAUGCUCACAGUCUCCUCCCCCACCACGCCGAACCAAGCGGUGAAACGGCUGAGAUGCCUCGUGCGGCGCGGCAGGCAGCAGCAGCAGCAGCAGCAGCUCAUCCGGAUUUUGGACCCGUCCAGGGCCAGCGAGGUGCCGGGGUGUGAGAUUUCGUCGUAAACCUACCUGCAUUUAUUUUCUCGAUCCACGAAUGAAGCUCCGAGCUGGAACGGAUGCACCCAGAUGUUAACCGAGCCAUUUAACUCUCUAAGCUCUAACCCCCAUAGCAUUUUGCUUUCCUUAGACAUGUCACAUGCAAGCAAUAAUUAUAAUAACCAGUUAAUUUGUCUCAUUGUGCGGAAGCUACGAGUCAUUUGUAUCGAAGGCUGUGCUUAGACGGCCCAGGGGCCCCUAACACACUUCACACACAGUGUUUCAUCCAUGGAUACAUCUAUUCCAUGUGCUUAUGAACAGAUAUUGUACAGUUACGAUGCCAUUCCUCCAAACCCAAGGCCCUUUGUGUGAAAUCUCAGGACGUGUACGUUACUCGUUGUAUUCUCCCUACCAAGGGGGGGAAGCGGACAGAGGGAGUAGAGCGGAGACAGGAGGGAGAAGGUGUAGGUCGACGAAGACAGACAAUUGGAGAACUGUAAGAGAGACGUGAGGAGGAAAAGACAGUGAGAAGGUAAUGAAGUGGUUUUCAUUCGGGCCUCUGCCUCAGACAUUCUUGUUGUGCGGCGGAAGUGUUUGAAACUAGAAGUGAGUCUGGGUGAGACGUGUUAGCAUCAUCAGCCCCACACAACAUCAUUUACUUGGAGUGGCGUUUAUUCUCUGCAUGAGGUCAGCGUGCGAGGGUGGGCUCGCGACAGCUGAUCUGAGGGUGUGCUGAAGCCUCGCUUUAGUCUGAGUCCAUGACGCGUUAAACAAAAGCCACGUUGGGUCUCACAUUAGCCGUAAAAGUAACUUCUUUCGUUCUAUUAUGAAAUAAAUUCAUGAAAUCCGGAUGUGUUUAAUUCUAAAAGUAGAGUGCCUCCGCUUGACGGGUUGAAUUGUGGCCGGAUCUCCAAGCAAAAAGCUCCCGUUUCUUCUUUUUCUUUUGUGUUCUUAUUAGUUUUUCUCAUCACUGCCCUCAACUAACAAGGUGUGAAAAUGCACUGAAAGAAAUGGAACACUUUCAAUCAGUGACUGCUUUCUGAGAUGGUUUCUCGUACGAUACAUGUCCGGGACGGGAUCUCCGAAAGGCACCGUACAAUUUAGACGAUCUUGGUACCACGAAGUCCAACCUCACUAAAGUGUCGUGCAUUAACGCGACCCAGUCAAUCCCACGGUGUAACACCGAACCAGUGCUCCUGAACUGGCACUUUGUGAUGUUGGAUGAGUACUUAACAGAAGAUAUUUUCAGCACUUAGAAGGAAACGUUUAAAGGGUGCUCCAAUCGGUCGAUAUUUAUCUG